CCGCAGUAAUGCAGCGAGGUGGAACCUGCAUGUUAAACAGCUUUUAUUAAACAGGUGGACAGGACAAGUACAUAUAAACAGCCUGGGGUUAGAUAUCUCGUUUGAGAGCUGUUGGAGGUGUGAGCUGCGUGGGAACAUACAGGAGUGAGUGAAACCUGAGAUCAGGGGCUCAGUCAGUGAAAAUGUAGGUAAAGGCUAUCAGCAGGGGGGUCCUUUACUGUGUGAUCUCUGCAGGCAGGACACAACCUAAAAUGGCAGAAAAGAAGUUCAAAGGGGCUCCUUUUGGUACACAGUCAGCCAGGUUUGACAUCUCAGGAGUCCAUCCUGCCAUCAAGAGGGUGGGAACAUACACUCAGAUUCCCUACUGCAAGAGACGGACAAGUGACCUGGAGAGGAACCUCGGGCCUGGCACGUAUAAUCCAGACACUGGCGACUUCAGUGCCAGGGCAGUGCAGGAACGAGCAAAAGGUCCAGGCUGGAAGAGGGCACAAGAGAUGGCCCGUCUGGCUCAGAUGCCUCACCUGCUGUACCAGGAUGCAUGGGAGAACAAACAGUUCCUGAAAACAAAGGUUGGUCCAGGCACAUACAGGAUAGCUAGUUUCAUUGAGGAGCUGGAGAAGAAACCUAGCAGCUUAAGAGGAGUUUGUGACACCAGAGAGGAGCGCUUCCAAGACUGCCAGAGUUCUACCCCAGGUCCAGGAACUUAUGGUAAGGGCGGGAUCCCUUCAGCAGCACUGGAAGAGAAGGAGAAGAGGUCAGUGGGAACCUGCCCCUCCAUGGGCUACAGUGCCAGCCUGCAGCAUUUCCCUACAAACACUGUGCAGGACAGUGGUUUGAGUCCAGGUACUUACAAUCUGAAGAGCUUUACUGACUUGAUCCUCAGUCGCAGAGUCAGUAAGAGAGGCCCCUAUGACCUGUUCACUGGCCGAAGAAACAAACCUGUUGUCUAUGGCUACUUUGCCGUCCCUAAAACGAGUCUGAAGCCAGGUGACUACAUUAAAGAGGUACCCAAGUUUGGAGAGGAGCUGCAGAGACCUGAAAAAAAGAAUCAUGGUGUGUUUAGGCGUCUGGAGCGGUACCCUGCCGUUCCUACUGAGAGAAUCUACCUUUGCAGCCUGCCUCAGUGCCCACGGCCUGCGACGUUUCCUGGUCCAGGCUGGUAUGACGUCACUCCUCUGACACCAGGGGGCCACUCAAGGAGUGGUAUGCCAGCCCCCUUCCUCUCCUCCGACCCCAGGUUCAGCAAGAGGAAAGAAACAGUGCUGAAUAAAAACCAUAACAUGGUUGGGCCUGGCCGCUAUAACAUCACUAAGACAGGUCAGAGCAGAAGUGCAAAUGGUCACAGAUCGUCGUUCGUGUCUGGCACUCAGCGCUACCUGCACUGCCCUGCGAGAGACAAAUACAGCCAGGAGAGACUCAGGCCCGUCAAUGUUCCUUUGGAUAGGAGAUCCUUCCUGGUGCAACCCGUGGGCCCCUUCAGAGGAGGACAAAUGUGCUCUCCAGCAUAGUUAACACUUACUAGUACCU